GAGGCGCCCGUCGUCUUCGCCGGUACAACCAUAACGCCGCCCGCUUUAAAACGACCGAGACGGGACACGGUGGAUUCAUCGCCGCCACCCGCUCGUACCGCAGCCCCCGGCAACCCCGGACCGUCCGGCAAACUCGCCUGCAUCAUGGACGCGCCGCUAUCGCAGAGCAUGGACUCCGUCAACACGGUGGCCACCGGCGAAGAUGAGGUGCGCACCUUGUUCGUGAGCGGCUUGCCGAUGGACACCAAGCCGAGGGAACUCUAUCUGCUCUUCAGAGCGUACGAGGGGUACGAGGGGUCGCUGUUAAAAGUCACGAGUAAAAAUGGGAAAACAGCAUCGCCGGUGGGAUUCGUGACUUUUCACACGAGGGCAGGCGCGGAGGCGGCAAAGCAGGAUCUGCAGCAGGGGGUUAGAUUCGAUCCUGAUAUGCCACAAACCAUACGUUUGGAAUUUGCAAAAAGUAACACAAAGGUUAGCAAACCCAAGCAACCAGCCGCUGCAGCAGCCACCUCGCACCCCGCUCUGAUGCACCCUUUAACGGGACACCUAGGGAGUCCAUUCUUCCCCGGUGGUCCUGAAUUGUGGCAUCAUCCAUUGGCGUACUCUACAGCCGGCGAAUUACCGGGCACGCUGCAACAUGCGACGUUGGUGCACCCGGCAUUACAUCCUCAGGUCCCCGCGCCUAUGUCCCUGCCGCAUCCUACGACGUUGACGUCGAUACACGCGUCGCUGCCUCAUUUUCUACCGUCGCCAACACUGGCGUCACCGGUCGGAUCACCCUCGUCGCAGCCGAACAUAGCCGUCAGCAAUGCGCAAUGCUCCACCCUCUUCGUGGCGAACCUGGGCCAGUUCGUGUCCGAGCAUGAGUUAAAGGACAUCUUCAGCAGUUUUCCUGGUUUCUCCCGGCUUCGUAUGCACACGAAGGGAGGGUCGCCAGUGGCCUUUGUCGAAUACCAAGACGUUCGCUACGCGGCCCAGGCGAUGGCCACUCUCCAAGGAUCCUUUCUCCUCUCCUCCGACCGGGGAGCGAUACGAAUCGAAUAUGCAAAGUCAAAAAUGGCCGAGGUGGGCUUUACAAAUCUCUGGAUCGAAGGAUCAAAGAGGCAAGAAAACGGCCAACCUUAAGAUUGAUAUCAACGGCAUGUAAAGAGGCAGAAUAUCGGACGGCCCGAGGUAGAGAACGCGCUCUUGCAGGAAAACAAGAUAUGAAGAAGAACCAUACAAGAAGUUGCACACUGAGGAGCGGUCAAGAAUUCAUCGGCGAGAGAUUGCGAAGAGCGAAACGUAGAACGCGGGAGCAGUAGACACACAUACACGUACACACGAACAUAUAUGAGAAAGGAAAGAAAAGGAGAUACGCAAAAAUUGCGAAUACGAGUGAAAGAGCAAUAUUUCGAUCGCUUUUCCGCUCGAAAGAGACACAGCGAAUAUACAUCGGUAGGCAAAUUCUUGUAAAUUCUUCGACAUUGCAGAGAGAGGCGUGUUGGUUCGCGCGACUCUAGCGGGGGGCCCAAUAUAAUCACAUAAUAUUCCUAGGUAUAUAUAUUUUUUAACGAACAUAACUUAUCAAUUCGCGUACCUAUCUUUAUCUACUAUUUAUUUUCACCGUGUCUUUGAUCGCGAUCGACGACGACGAAGCGAAAGAAAGAAACGCGGGGUGAUACCGAUGGGGUAGGAAGAGCGUUGAAGAGGAGGAAGCGGAAGAACGAGCAAGCAAAGCGAGGAAGCGGAUUUCAUUUCUUGUAUCGUCUAUACAUAUGUAAGAAUGGCACUCUUCGCAGUCACACGUUACAUCGUGAUAUUUGUUUACAUGUACACAUACAUUCACAUAUAAAAAAGAACGAGCACAUUUAUACGACAGUCGCGGAAAUUUUUUUAGAUAUACCAUGCCACCUUGGGAUGCAUCCGCGACGUAGAAAUUGCAUUUAACGAUCAUCUAUUGGACAUUUUGGAAAAAUUCAUUAAAUAAGUUAUUACAUCGAGCUUUUCAAAUUAUUCGUAUCGUUGACAGAGUAAUAUCGUAAGAAUCGAGUUUCAUAAAAAUUAAGCUCAUUGAUGCGUGAUUAAAGCAGUUUGAUAGGCACGAUGCGAAUCCUGGCGGCAGUUCCAACGCGAAAUUGCGUAUUCCACACUGAAACGAAAUAAGCGAAAUAAGGCGAAGAUGAGUACAUCAAGCUUAAUACCAAAGGUGCCCUAAGAAGCGUGUAUUUAUGUUUUAUCAUCGGCGCGUCGCGCGAAGCACGAGCGCGUGUACAUUUAACUAUUGUAUCUUGUUAAGGAGAGUCUAGUGUCCUAGGUGAGGAUGAAGACGAAGCGAAUGAAAGAGAAAAAGAGAGAGAGAGAGAGAGAGAGAGAG